UUCAAACUCAUUCAACAUUAUUGCAACACAAAAGAAUAGAAGAAGAAGAUCAAAAAAGUGUCCUAUAAAAUGGAGAAAUAUUCAGGUUUUUUGACGAAUCUUCUUCUUCCGUUGAUGAUUUUGGCUGCAGUGAGCUUGAAUGCAGGUUAUGUGAACGCGGCGGUGUUUUUGCCACCAGAGGAUAAGCCACUGGUAAGGCAUUACUAUAAGAAGCUUAAUACAUGUUCAGCUGUGGAGCCAUUUGUUAGACACCAAGUGAAGCUCUAUUGGGACAAGGAUAAGACUAUUACUGCCAAAUUGCUCAAGUUGCUCUAUGCUGAUUGCAUGGUUAAUGGUUGCGAUGCAUCAAUUCUGCUAACUGGUCCUAACACAGAGAGAAAUUCAUCAAAAAAUGCAAAUCUGGGAGGAUACCUAUUGAUUGACAAAAUAAAAACAGUGCUUGAAGCUUAUUGUCCUGGAGUCGUUUCUUGUGCUGAUAUCCUCAAUCUUGCUGUUAGAGAUGCUGUUUAUUUUGCAGGUGCACCAUCUUAUCAAGUGUUCUUGGGAAGAAGGGAUGGAGUAGAAUCAAAUGCUGCAUGGAUAGAUUAUCCUUCACCUUCCAUGUCUUGGGUGGAAGGACUUGCUUACUUUGAAUCCAAAAACCUUGAUGUUCAGGACUUUGUCACUCUUUUAGGGGCACAUACAAUGGGACAAGCACAUUGCAGCUCCUUCUAUGACCGUCUUUACAAUUUCAAAGGUACUGGACAACCAGACCCCAGCAUGAAGAGAUCAGUGUUAGUAAGCCUAAGAGCACAGUGUCCAAAAAACAACCAAACUGAUCCAGCAGUGUAUUUUUCACCGGGAUAUGGUUCUGACUACAAGUUCAACAAUGCAUUCUAUGGCAAGGUUAUUGCUCAUGAAUCUCUUCUUAGAGUUGAUCAACAACUAUCUUAUGGAGCUGACACAAAUGAACUAGUCAAUGAAUAUGCACAUAGUUUAGAGCAAUUUCGUUUUGGAUUUGCAUUGUCAAUUAGCAGGAUGGGAGGUCUUAAAGUGUUGACUGGUAAAAAUGGGGAAAUUCGCAAAAAUUGCAAGUUCGCAAAUAAGAACAAUCCUAAUAUUUAACUAGUGGUUUUUCAUACAUAAUAAUACGGCUGAUGAAAAGAUAUGUAGUUGCUUUUUAUACUGCUGAUAAGCAGAGAUUCAUUUUGUUGUUUCGGCCAUGAAGGGCAAUAUAUUGUAAUAAUUGAAGACAUUAUAAGUUUGAUUUAAUAAAGAUGUGGG